AGACAUAACACCAGUAACUGAUUCUGAAAAACAUCAGGCAAACAGCACAGCUCUUCAGUUACUGGUCAAGAUGAGAGGCGUACUGUUCCUGCUCAACGCUCUGAUCCUGCUGGAGUCAACAAAGGGAACGACAUAUGAUGACUUAGAUGAUCAUGCCAGAAAUAUUGUUAACAAGGCAAUAGAAAAAGCUAAUAAGGAUUAUGGAAAAGGCAAACACCUGGACUUUCACAUCAUUGCCAAUAGAAAUAACAAUAUGGUCAAUGUGAUACUGAGACCCACCUCAUGUGACAAGAAAACACCAAGUGUCCAUCGGAAAGACUGUACACUCCAAAAUACUGCACCUCAGGUUUCCUGUAUUGACUGUGAAGGAACCAUGAAACAAUGUUUACUUCUCAGAAAAACGGACGAGAUUCAAAAAAGGAUGAAGGAAUGUCCCCCAAAAUAUAAUCCUGGGGCAGGACAUAUAAUGUUUCAAAUAUCAGGAAAUAAACAGCCACAAACUGGAUGUGUUGGAUGCGUCUGAGAUCAAGGACAAUUGCAAGUGGCCAUUUUAAGAAAAUGAAAAACCUUCACACACACAUAUAUAUGUGAAUCAUUUUAAUAUUUCUAACAUUCCUUUUCUUGAAGGCUUAACAUUUGUAUGCUUUUGAGUAGUAAGCGUCUACUAGACUUGAGCCAAAGUUACUGUGUUACAAAAGCGGAUGCAUAUGAACAAGGCGGCUAGAUGUCUGUCUGAAUAUAAGAAUAACCACAACAACUCAUGACAUGAGUAACAUACUUAAGUAACCAAAAAAACAAAUUUGUUUUGCAAGGUCUUCAUAUGAAGAACAAAUUAUAUUAGACAAAAAAUAUGAAAUUAGUCAAUGUCAUCUUUGUCAUGCACAUGUGCAGUAUAACUGUUGUAUUCUUUUUGUCAUGAGGAUUCUCUGUGAUUGGUAUGAGGUCAUCUUGGCUGUGAUUAAAUCAUAUCUAAAGGCA